GAAUUCAACCUUAAAUUUACAGCAUGUUUAUCAAGGAAGGCUGAGCCCAAAACUUUAUUAAAAGUGGUUUCUUUGUAUUGCAGACUUGCAGACUGAUUGUUCUCUGAUGGUUCUGUCUUCUGUACUCACACAUGAGAGCCUAAUAGUACAGGGGUUCUGUUGGAUGUGUCUGCUGUGAGGCAUGACCCAUCUCAGAGUGUUCGUCAGGUUCAACUCUAGCCAUGGUUUCCCUGUGGAGGUUGGUUCAGAUGCCAGCAUCCUCCAGCUGAAGGAGGUGGUUGCCCAGCGACAGGGAGUUCCAGCUGACCAGCUGCGGGUGAUUUUUGCAGGGAGGGAGCUCAGCAAUGACUUGACACUGCAGAACUGUGACCUGGCCCAGCAGAGUAUCAUUCAUAUUGUUCAGAGUCCACAGAAGAACAGUCCAAACAAGGAUGAGACAGGAAAUAGCUGUGCUGGAGGUAUUCUAAAAGCCUUGGAAAAAGAAACUGAAAGUCUAACUCGCAUAGACCUCAGUACCAGCAUCCUCCCAUCACUCUCUGCAGGACUGGCUGUUAUUCUGGAUACUACAAAACCCAGCAUUUCUCUUCCCUCUGAAAAAUCAGGUGUGUCUAGUUACAACAGCUUCUAUGUUUUUUGCAAAAGUAUCUGCCAAUCUGUGAAACCUGGGAAACUCAGGGUCCGCUGCAGUGAGUGUAAACAAGGAACACUGACGUUGACAAGGGGUCCAUCUUGCUGGGAUGAUGUGCUGAUGCCCAACAGAAUAAGAGGUGUUUGCCAGUCCCAAAAGUGCAACGGAAAUGUAGCGGAGUUUUACUUUAAAUGUGGAGCACACCCUACCAGUGACAGUGAAACAUCUGUGUCUUUGAACCUCGUUACAACAAACAGUCGCUGUAUCACAUGUAUAACAUGCACAGAUAUUAGGAGUCCUGUGCUUGUGUUCCAGUGUGUGCAUCGCCAUGUCAUUUGCCUAGACUGUUUCCACUUGUACUGUGUGACUAUGCUGAAUGACCGCCAGUUCAUCCAUGACCCAGAGCUUGGCUAUUCUCUCCCUUGUGUAGCUGGCUGUCCAGACUCCCUGAUUAAAGAGCUUCAUCACUUCAGGAUUCUGGGAGAAGAACAGUACAACCGCUACCAGCGCUAUGGGGCCGAGGAAUGCGUGCUGCAGAUGGGAGGAGUGCUGUGUCCAACUCCCGGCUGUGGAGCAGGUUUGCUUCCUGAACCAGGAGUGAAGAAAAUUGUAUGUGAACCAGGCAAUGGAAUAGGCUGUGGGUUUGUGUUCUGCCGUGAAUGUAAAGAAGAGUACCAUGAAGGGGAAUGCAGCUCUCUCCUCAGCCUGCAGGGAGCUAUCGCCCAGAAGGGAUAUGUAGUUGAUGAACAUGCAGCCAUGCAAGCUCGAUGGGAAGAGGCAUCUAGAGAAACAAUCAAGAAGACAACUAAGCCAUGCCCCAACUGCAAUAUUCCAGUAGAGAAAAACGGUGGCUGCAUGCACAUGAAAUGUCCUCGCCCUCAGUGUAGAUUUGAGUGGUGCUGGAACUGUGGCCUGGAGUGGAACAGAACCUGCAUGGGAGAUCACUGGUUUGAGUAGUGGUGCUGAGGCCAGCCUGUGUUGCUGCGUAAAGCUUGUUUUCAUCAGGGCAAACUUCUGAACCCCUUGCUUAAACAAAAUUACCAGUGGUUUCAGGGUCACAGAGUUCAGAAGUUGGCCAAGUUUUUUGGUUUUUGCUUUCUUGCACAUGCAAUCAUACCAAAAUCGCAUUGAAGUUUUUAAAUCCACUAAGUAAAAAGAGUAACUGUUUUAAUGGACAAACUUGCCCAUUGUAGUACAAAGAGGGGUAAACUACACCUUUCUGGACUUACACAGUCUGUCUCAUGGAGAGCAGACAAAGUUCCAUUAGGAACUUUGCUUGACAUUUACAGUUAGGAAUCAACAACUCUUGCAAGAGACAGCAGCCUGUAUAUGUGUGUGUGAGUGUGUGUGUGUCAGCGGGGUUGGAGAGUGUCCCCUGCAUGAGCUGUUUUGUCUUUGCCCACUCCUUUGCUCAUUCAGCACGGUUUUUGAUUUUGAGGCAAUAUUUCUUAACAGCUCUUUUGGCACAGGGAAGACUGUGGCUCUUCAGUGUUUUCUCAGGGUUCCUUCCUAAUUUUAACAGGGUUCCUUCUGUAGGGGUCUUGCUUUCUAGCCAAAUUCUAACAGAACAUCCAGCUUUAUGCAAUAUUUGUGCUUGUGUAUUUCUAACACACCACACGAAACCUGCCUACAUAUUCAGUACAGACUUUGUUACCAUUGGAAGACUAACUAAGGAUGCAGUUUCAGUUCUAACCAUGACCAUUGUUGCAGUGGUUCUGAUUAAGUGUUGUGCUUACAGCAGUACUUUGGACAUGGCAAGGGGAGGCAGGACUUCUCAGGGGUUUUCCCUACCAUCAUUCUCCAAGUAGAAUAUGGUUGUAUUUCUGAAAAUACAUUCACAGCUAAAUACAUUCACUGAGGGGCAGAAAGACAUCUUUCAUUUUACAAUGUUAACACAGUAAGUAAAGCUUACUAGCAUUUCCAAGCCUGAACAAUCUUACUGUUUUACGUGCUUUACACACUGUCUAUUCUGAAAUGAAAUGGGUACUGUCCAUAUCCAACAUGCCACUAAGGAUUUGCACAAUUCAGUUUUGAAAAACAAACAAACAAAGAAAAAGACAACACAAUAAAUGCAGUGGUCAAAAUGUUAAACUUUGUUUCCUUUUUCAUUUGAAUAAAAAGUGAGUACAAAGAUGUUGGUCAUGUAUUUCAUUGACUGAUUUGAACUCCCAGCUAAGAAACUAGCCCUUUGAUUAAAACAUACUAUUAGCACACAAUGAAGUCCAGGGCCAUGGACUUCUUUUAUCAACUUUGAAUUAAUAUUUUAUAUGGCAUGACGGUAGAGUCCUGAAAAUACGGAUGUGCCUGGUAUCACUCAGUGCAGAGCAAGAAGCUUGAGGUAUAAGGAAGUCCAGGCUUACUACAAAAAUGUCCAGUUGCAAAGAAGUGGAGUAUUCGACUAUGUCAGCUAGGAGUGACAUUAAAAGUCUGAGGAAACAAAAGGAUGAAGGCAUGAGGUACCAAAAAUGAGAGAGUGAUCAGGCAGAAUUAAGAAAAUGAGAGGAAAGAAAGUGACAAUGAGAGGACAAUGGCCAUUUCUUAAAGGUCAUUUUCCUUUUUGGCACUGGUGAGCUAAUAUGUAUGCAGAAGUGGCUAGCUACAUUAAAGUGCAGGGAUGCAACAGAAUGACUCAAUCAAUGUAGCUCAUUUAAGUACAUUAUCUUAAUGGCAGUAUUUUACUGUGAGCCCUGAUUAUUUCAUGGUUCGAUUUCUUAUACCUGGGUCUAUUUUAUAAUUUAUAUGGCUUGUUGCCAACAGGCUAGGGACAUAAUCACAAUGCUUAAUUUUACUUUGAUAGCGUGUUACUUAGGAGCUCAUCACUAUAUUUCAUAUCCACAAACACUGGGAAUAAAAGAAGUCUGAAUCUUU